GGAGGUUGCAGCCGCUCGCGAGUGUUGUGUAGGCUGAAAACUGCGAAAUCGUCAGUGCCUGUCCGAGUGCCGGCGAGUGCGGACCAAGCCAGACGACCUCUGCUAUCGCGGCCACACACGUGCGUGACCUGCUGACAGCCAUGACCAACCUCAGCCGCAUCAAGGUGGUCGUCCUGGGCACCAACGGCGUCGGAAAAUCAGCUGUGACGGUGCGGUACUUGACCAAGAGGUACAUCGGCGAGUACAGCUCAGGAAAAGACAUGACUUACCAGCACAAAGUGACCUUUGACAGCGUUGUCACCGAAAUCGAGAUCCUCGACACGUCAAUGUGUUCCGGGUGUUUUAACGAGCAUUUGAAGUGGGGUGACGCAUUUGUGGUAGUGUACAGCGUGGAGGACAAGGCGAGUUUCCAGGGCGCGCGCAGGACCUUGCAGAACCUGUCACAGGCCAAAGAAUCGUCCUUCUUUAGUCUCCUCCUCUUGGGAAACAAAAGAGACCUGGAUUACAUGAGGCGGGUGGAAGUAGACGACGGACAGGAAUUAUCCCUAAAAUACGGCUGCCAGUUUUACGAGGUGAGCGCCGCAGAGAACAGCGCCGGAGUCAGUCUCGCGUUCAUGUCACUGCUGCGCGAGGCCAGGUCGGCGCAGCUGCUGAGAAACCUUCCCAUCCGCAGGAAGCUGGGCGUCAACAGUGUGUCCAAGGUGCUAGGUACGAUUUUCGGCAAGAACAGCAGCAGUCAAAGCAACUCAGGUGGCCAGAGCAAGAAGGACCGAAAGAAAAAGAGGCCUUCAUUGAGUAUAUGACUGAGGGACCUGUUGGAUUCAGUUUUCAAAGCGAAGACAUGAACCAGAGACUUGACGGCCAAAUUUGAUCUCAAAAAGUGGUGCUGACUUAAGAAUAUAGUGUCCAAUCGCCUUUUUGCAAGUUGUUGUGUUCACAGAUUCUGUUGUUAAUUGUACAAAAUCAGAUUGCCUUUUAUUUAUUACUAGAGGUCUUAGCAGCGCAAUAUUAACAGUGGGUGGCUGCUCAGUUUUAUCUGCACAUUAGGCGGGUAGCGGCUGAGCAUUUUUUUGCCAGCAGUUGACAAAUUUUAUAAAGUUAAGUUUGAUAGUGUUUAACGGCCCCAAAGGGCCAGAGACCAAUUUUUAUCUGGCACCCUCCAUUUUUACUUUCAACACCGGCGGCUGACCAAAAUUAGCCAGCAAGCGCAGCUGGCUGAGACCUCUAUUUGUUACUGUUAGAUCUGUUUCUAUUUACUGAGAUUCUUUGUAGCAAAAUGGUGCUGGAAGAGAACUGAGAAUUUCAAGAGCUAGCUGCUGUAAUUUUGUACAUAGCCAAAAUAAAAAGCAGAUUACAAA